UACGUCACUGAAAUGUUUUGCUUGGCAGACUCUCAGAGAAUUUGUAAUGAGGUUGCACAACCCUUCAGGAAACUAAAAGUGGUUGGGUGUAACAAAGACGUCUAAAUCCACCUGUGCAUCACUUUGCUUGCAGUCGUCUUCCUGCUACAGCAAAUUCAGCUGUUUCUUCAUUACAAGAGAGAAAAUUCUGCAAAGAGAGAAAAUGAAGGUUGACUGGACUCUGAACUAUCCAAACUCAGUUUUUAUCGGACUCGACCUGCACAGUGAGACCAACAACAAAGAGCAUCGCACCAGUGAAAUCUCAGUGAAGGAGCUGAUUGUGAGACGAGGCCAAGCCUUCAAGCUAACCCUCCGACUGGCACCACCUUUCAGACCCGCCUUUGAUCAGCUCACCAUGACCGUUGUGACAGGAGAACAUCCGUCUGAAAACCUGGGGUCAAUGUCGCGGUUUGGGGUCCCAGACAAAGUCCAACGUUCUGGUUCUGCUAAGGCGGUUUGGAGAGCGGAGCUUCAGCGGAGCUCCAGUCCUGAAACGGGAGUGUUGGCGCUGGCCAUCACGCCUCCAGCUGCCUGUCCAGUGGGGGAGUACAAGAUGUCUGCCAAACUGGGGGAGGAGGAGAGGGACCUGGCAACCCUUUCUGUGCUUUUCAACCCCUGGUGUCCUGAGGAUUGGGUUUUUCUGCCAGAUGAGGCCGAGAGGCAAGAGUACGUGAUGAAUGAACACGGCAUAAUCUACAAAGGAGUUGAUAAGUAUAUUGAUCCAACUCACUGGGACUUUGGACAGUUUGAAGAGGAUAUGGUGAAGAUUUGCAUGAAAAUACUCGACUACAACGUGAAACACAAGCAGAACCCGGCUGACGACGUUUCCGCUCGCUGUAACCCCAUCUACGUCAGCCGUGUCGUCACAUGCAUGAUUAACAGUGAAAAUGGGGGCGGCAUCCUGAAGGGCCAAUGGGGAAUGGACUUCAGAGGCGGGGUCCCGCCCACUCACUGGAGCGGAAGCUACGCCAUCCUUAAAAAAUGGUCCAACUCCGUCUUCAGCUCUGUGAAGUACGGACAAUGUUGGGUGUAUGCUGCGGUCAUGUGUUCAGUGAUGCGUCUCCUGGGGAUUCCCUGCCGCGUCGUCACCAACUACCAGUCGGCUCACGACACCAACAAGAAUCUGACCGUCGACACUUACUACGCUGACUACGGAGUGAGAGAGAAAGACUCCAAAGACAGCGUCUGGAAUUAUCAUGUCUGGGUCGAGGGCUGGAUGAGGCGACCCGACCUGGCGAAAGACAGUAAAUAUGACGGCUGGCAGGUUUUGGACCCAACUCCACAGGAAAAGAGUGACGGUAUGUUCUGCUGCGGCCCGGCUCCAGUCUCAGCCAUCCGGAACGGAGACACUCACCUGAAAUACGACGUCCCGUUUGUCUUCGCCGAGGUCAACGCUGACUGCAUAACCUGGCUGGUCAAGCGUGAUGGUUCCAUGGUAAACAUUGAAACGGACUCUAUCAAAAUCGGGCAAAACAUUUCAACCAAGUCAGUCGGCACCAACGACAGGAUGAACAUCACAGACAGCUACAAGCAGAAAGAAGGAACAGAACAGGAGAGAAGCAUCUUCCAGUACGCCCUCACCAGGCUGGAGAACGAAGGGCAGGGAGAAACUUGUGUUGGUGAUGAGAAAGUUGGAAAUGGGACAAACAUGAAUAAUGGAUCCAAUGAAAAUGCUACAAACAAUCAAAUAUGCAGUCCAACGCCGCCACCACAACUCUUCAUUCGAUUUGAAGAGGUGUCCAAGCCGGUGGACGGCGAGGAUGUGAGUCUGAAGCUGAUUCUGAACAGCGACAGCAGCGCCACCAGGAGGCUGUCCAUCAGCGUCGCCGUCCAGGCCAUGAGGUUCACCGGGCAGCCGGCCGGAAACAUCCUCAGUGAGGCGCUGGAGCAGGAGCUGCUGCCCGGCAAAGAUCUGAUCGUCCCCAUCCUGGUCCCGUUCUCAACUUACCAGAAAUACAUGAUUGGACGUGAGAGCAUGAACAUUUCAGCUGUGAUCACCGACCAACAGAAGAAAAAUCACAUGUUCCUGGCAGAAACCCGCAUUGUGCUGAUGAAACCCCCAAUCUCCAUCACCGUGUUUGGUGAAAGCAGAGUGAACAGGGAAAUGACUGCUGAGGUGCUUUUCCAGAAUCCAGGGCAGGAGAUACUGAGAGACUGCAGUCUGACCCUGACAGGAAGUGGCCUCUUUAAUGGAGAACUCAUAACCAGACUCCCAGAUCUGCUGCCAAACAACCGAGUUCGUGUGAAGUUUCAUUUCGUUCCCUAUAAGAGCGGAGACAGGACUCUUCUAGUCGACUUUGACUGCGCUUCGUUCAGAGACAUCAAGAAAAGCUGCACAGUCAUCGUCAAACCUUAAAUUUCUCUCAUCCACUUCCUUCGUUCCUUUAAAGCAAGAUGGCUGAUGCAAGCAUUAAUACAUUUACUGAUAAUAAUGAUUUGAUGUGUUUUCUUUUCAGUGAGAAUAAAAUGUGUAAAAUCUAUGCAAAGUUUUGAAAUCAGAAAUUUAUUUUUUU